GUUUUGUAAUGUUGAAACCCUUAUUAUGGGUGAUGUUACAUACGGCGCGUGCUGUGUAGAUGAUUUCACUGCCAAUGCAUUAGGAUGUGAUUUUAUGGUUCAUUAUGGACAUAGUUGCUUAGUUCCUGUGAAUGUAACGACUAUUAAAACAAUUUACGUGUUCGUGGAUAUUGGAAUUGAUAUUGAACAUUUCUUGAAUACUAUAAUAAAGAAUUUUGAACCAAAGAAAAAAUUGGCAAUUGUUGGUACAAUCCAAUUUGUUACAGCUAUUCAGGCAGUAAAAAAACAUUUAGAAAGUGAUUAUUCGUUAUUUGUGCCUCAGUCGAAACCACUGUCACCCGGAGAAAUCUUGGGAUGUACGUCACCAAAAUUAGGCGAGCAAGACGCGUUAAUAUAUCUGGGUGACGGAAGAUUUCAUUUAGAGUCAAUAAUGAUUGCUAAUCCUGAUGUUCCAUCGUUUCGAUAUGAUCCAUAUUCAAAAAAAUUUACUCGAGAACGCUAUGACCAUGCAGACAUGUACGCACUUCGUAAACAUGCGAUAGAUUUGGCUAAAAAGGCAAAAAAAUUUGGGUUAAUUCUAGGAACUUUGGGCAGACAAGGUAGUCCUAAAGUUAUGGAGGCAGCAAAAUUUAUAUUUGAACAGUAUCUCGAAGAAAAAAUUCGUUCUCGAGGAUUAGAUUAUAUUUGUAUCUUGCUUUCAGAAAUAUUUCCUAAUAAAUUGGAGCAAUUUCAGGAUAUUGAUGCAUGGAUUCAAAUAGCAUGUCCGCGUCUGUCGAUUGACUGGGGCUACGCAUUUUCCAAACCGCUACUUACUCCUUAUGAAGCAUCUGUUGUAUUAGACGAAGUCGAUUGGCAGCCUACAUAUCCAAUGGAUUUUUAUGCUAAUGAUAGUUUGGGGCCUUGGACGCCUAAUUACGGGAAGG